AUGGUUACAGUUCUUGCCCAUGAUAAAAAGAAAGCCAUUGUGAUGCCUGGGCAUAAGACCAAUAAAGCCACCUCUUGGUUGUGGAAUUAUUUUUACCCAAAUCCUGGUAACAUUUUGAAGGCAUCUGCUCCAUUUGUGGGGCCAAAGUUAGUAGAGGGCACAACUGUGUUUCCUCUUCUGACCUCUGUCUUGAAGGAUUCAAAACACUCUAGAAACCCGGCGAAUUUUGAUCCAGGUCACUGUCUGGAUAAGAAUGGCAAGUUCCAGAAAAAUGAAGCUUUCAUGCAAUUUUCCACAGGGAGGAGGAUCUUGGAGAAUCUUGGAGAGGAUCUUGGAGAAGGGAUGGCGAAAAUGGAGAUUUUUAUUUUCCUCACCUUCAUCCUGCAGAAUUUCAACCUGAAAUCUGACGAGGACCCUUCACAUAUUGACGUAUCCCCUCUGCCCAACACCAACGGCACUACACCUCACCCUUAUGAAAUAAGAUUUGUCCCACGCUAA